AAAACGAAAAAAAAAACGCAGAAGAAGAGGCGCCUACGCGAUUGAAAGAUGGCGUUGCGUGUACGUGCGUGGAUAUGUGUAUGUGUUCUGUAACUUAUGUUUUCCCCAACUAAUUUAGCUAACAUCGUAAAGAGAAUCACGUUGAGUGAAGCAAGCUCGUUGAUUAAAGAACCGCAAACUAUUUUCAUCACAUUGUCUACGGAAAACAAGUUGACAAAUGUUGAGCUUAUCUAGCUAGUUAGCCAACGACCUAUCUAUUUAGAUAUUUAGAUUCACUUUGGUUUCCAGCUGGCUAGCUAACUAACGUACAGUUUUGCCAAGCAAACGUAACAUUAGCUGACACAUGCGGAGGACGUGGGUCUGCCUGACAAAGCUUGAUAUCUGGCGAACUAACGUUAACGUUAGCAUAAAUUCAGUUGGACGUUCAGCUCAGCUAGCUAGGUCAUCCAGGUUCAGUCAUUGAGAAAUGUUCCCGGGAACAAACAUCUUACCAGCUAGUUGGCUCUAAGCCUGACAAAUUGGCUACUUUGACUGCAUUUGACUUGCAGCUGAGGUAAUAGUUCAAUUAUUGGCGUAAGUUACUGUUAUGAAGUUGGAUAGCUAACUUAGCUUGUUAACGGAGUUUGGUAGCGACCUUGGAAAUAGCUAACGCUGCUAUUUGAAAACACGAUUAUUUAGAAAUGAGAACAGCUAAGUAAGCUAAAUAACUGUUCAACAGUGAGUAAUUUAGUUUCAGCAUGUGCGAUUUAUAUUAGCUUCGAGCGAAUACUUCCCCGUGGCUGAGACUGGUCCGUGCGGUAGCUAACUGCGCAUUUCCGAAUUUGACGUAUCCUACCUAAGCCAUCCGAUUAUUUAAUUAGCUCGUUUACUAAUAGGUCAGCUCGACGGCUAGCUUCUUAGGGAUAUUAUUGGUCUAAAAAGCAAUGAUUGCAUUUUCAAUCAUGGGAAAGUCUUGUCGUACGUUACUGAAUUGUGUGUCUUUUGGGAAUACAACUGUCACAUUUUUGAUGAGACGUCCUGUUAGUUGCCGUUCGAAAGUUCAGAUGGGAAUUCGUAGCAUCGUGUCGCAUUCCGGAGCUGUGUUCAUGCCCGCGAAAGUUGCAGUGGUGACCAAAACUACGAGAUAUGAAUUUGAACAGCAAAGAUAUCGCUUCGCGGAGCUCUCCGAAGAAGAUAUGAAGCACCUGCUGGCCAUGAAAGGCUCCAGUUACAGCGGACUGCUGGAGCGACAUAACAUCCACACACGCAACGUAGAGCACAUCGUGGACAGCCUGAGGAAAGAGGGAGUGGAAGUUCGCGUGAUGAGAAGAGGAGAGUAUGACGAGGAGACGGUUCGGUGGGCGGACGCCAUCAUCUCCGCGGGAGGUGAUGGCACUAUGCUGCUUGUGGCCGGUAAAGUGUUUGAUAAAGACAAGCCUGUCCUAGGAGUCAACACUGAUCCGGAGAGGUCGGAAGGACACCUGUGUUUACCUGUUCACUACACACACUCCUUCUCAGAGGCUCUGCAGAAGUUGAGGAGGGGAGAGUUCAGAUGGCAGUGGCGGCAGCGGAUCCGAGUGCACCUGGAGGGAACGGGGAUCAACCCCUCGCCUGUGGACCUGCACGAGCAGCAGCUCAGUCUAGAGCAGCACAACCAGGCCCACCGGAUCAUCACCGACACACAGAGACGGGCAGGAGCUAAGAACCACAGCGUCUCCGGACCCCUCCUGCUCCCGGUCCGAGGGCUGAACGAGAUUUUCAUUGGGGAGUCUCUGUCCUCCAGGGCUUCGUAUUACGAGAUCUCCGUGGACGACGGACCGUGGGAGAAGCAGAAGAGUUCCGGGGUCAACGUCUCCACUGGAACAGGAUCCAAAGCUUGGUCUUACAACAUUAACAAGCUGGUUGGUCAGGCUGUGGAGGACAUCCUGAGGAUAGGUAAGGUGCAAAGUGGCCUCCCUAUUACGCUGGAUCAGGAUCUCAUUGACAAGUCGACCAAGGAGUACAAUAAUUCCCUGACCUUUGACCCGGAGGACUACAGAAUGUUCUUCAGUAUCCGAGAGCCAAUCAUCAACCGAGUUUACUCCUGCAGUCUCCAGAGAGGCUUUGCCAGAAAAGUGUCGAUACGCUCGCGGUGCUGGGAUGCCUGCAUGGUGGUCGACGGGGGGACGUCUUUCGAAUUCAACGACGGUGCCAUAGCAACCAUCACCAUGAGUGAGGACGACCAGCUCCGCACGGUUCUCCUCCGAGACUGACCUAUUACCUCUGACCCCUGACCCCUAAACGGUGCCAGCUGCCCCUGCCACCGCACCCUGCCCAGACCCACACCUUGGGACAGUGCUAGGGCAUGAUGAACAGGACAUGGAGCUGAAUUUUGGGAAGUUACAGUGACCUGGGUCUCCUCCUUGUUUGGCCACAGGGGUGGUGACCUCACGUUUCUGUGCUGCCAUUGGUUUUUAUUCGUUGUGUAACAAAAGGGAUUGAUCUGUAGUCUGUAGGCCAUUUUGAUUUUCAUGCUUUGGAUGAAUCAAUCAAAUGAACUUCCAUUUGAAGCUAACUUUUAUGCACUGUGCUUGAGUUCAUUUUUAUAACGGACAUUUCGACUCCGCACAUUACAUUAGCAUUGGCGGUACCAAACCUGUAUUUCUGCCUCCUCAAAGAGAUGGAUUAACUCGUCUUUCUUUCCCUGAAAUAUGAGCGAAAUCGAGACAACGCUGAACCCAGUCAGCAGAUCAGGAAAUGUUUUUAUGGCACGUAAUUUAGUGCCAGACACUCUUAUGCAGAGAAAAUUGCAAUAUAAAGAGCUGUCAUCUGUAUUUUUGUUAAAUACUGAGAGCUGGUUUCAGGUAGUAAUCUCGCAUAUAGCUGAAGGCAGAAGCUUUGGCGUUCACGAUGGAAAACGUUAGCUAACAUUCGGCAACAUAUUCAAACAGUUUUCUGUUCGACGUUGGCUAACAGUUUGAAAAGGUAGUGUGCGGCAAACAAAAGUGGCUGCUGGUGAUUGCGCAGAGAGAACAAAACAAAGUGGACAAUUAUUUGGCUGUUAUAGCUAGUGCACUUUAAUCAAUCUAAGAUUUGUUUUUACCUUUAAAAAUGCAUAACAGGUUAGCAACGAACCAGCUAGCUGGCAUUGUCACAUUACAUGUUAUUUAGCUGACGCCUUUAUCCAAAUGACUUUUAGACCAAAGUCGCAUCCACUUGUAAUAAAAAGUAGUUGGUGGCGAACUAAAUACAAUGUUCAUUUAAAAUCGCCCAACAGUAUCCGUUUGCUGCUAACAUAGUUCGCCUUGAACAUUUGCAAUAUUGAACACUCAUCAGGUAAAAAAAACAGGGUACCGCAAAUUUGUGUGAGUUUGAAUUCGGAAGGGGGGGGGGUGUUUGGAAGACUUGGGAGUAGAUUUCUGUGUGAGUAGAAUUUCUUGAGUGAGGCCCCGACACAAACUUUGGGGGCGAUGCUUAGUGAUGCAGAGGGCAUAAAGGAAGCCUAUUCAAACAUAAUUCAGUCUGUUACCUUAUUUUGUUUGCUUUUCAGCAAGGAAUACAUUGCAGCCAAACAGCAUGGUUCAUAUUAUGGCAGACCAUGUUAGCAGUGUUUUUAUGCAGAAAGUCUUUGUAUACAGUGUUUGGAUAUUGAUAAUUAAAAGCAACCAUGCCUA